UCUCGGUCAUUGAGCUUGACAAUUAAUGAAAACGUGUUAAAACUUGAACAUCGAUAAGACGCUACUAUGGAUGUAUACUUUUGUGCACUUAGAACGUAAACUUCAAACAUCGGGAAAAUGACCGUUUGCCGCUACUUCCAGAAUGGCAACUGCCGUUACGGGCAAAACUGCCGCUUCGAGCAUGUCUACGAAAGUAAUCACGGAGGAAGUAGAUAUCGUGGGGGCGGAACCAAUUACGCCAGUUAUCACUACAGCAAUCCACAGUACCAAAGUUCAACGGCUCGGACUAGUGGAUAUCAUCAGGGAGAAUCCUCAUUCAAUUUUGGUCAAGCAGCCCUCGAUGUCGCUGCCAAUAAAUCACAGGAAAUAAAUCAAGUCAAGCAGGAUCUGCUAGAUAUGCUCGAGGGGCGCUUUUACCCUUUUUCAGGUAUACCAGGAGCCACAAAUCUUGUAAACUUCGCGCACCUAUCGGAUUUAAGCCCUGAAGAAAUUCGCCUUAAAGCUUACGAAAGUCUUGCGGCAAAUAACUUUCAAGAAUACCAAGCUGAAAUGACGAGACAUUUGAACCAUGUGAUGCAGAUUUUACGGCAACUUAUCUCUAAUCCACAAUUAAUUCAGGAAUCCCAGGCUAGGCCUAUUGCUGGCCCGGUUGUCCACAAUACAUCCACUAUACUUAAUCAGGGCGUGCCGUCUAGUGUAUCAUCCCUAUUUCAGCCUCAUAAUAGCCCAGCAGUUUUUCCUCAGCCAGGGUUUGGGGUUCCCCAAACACAAGGACCUUCUUCUGUUGGUGAUCUUGGAGCUGGACUCGAAUAUAACAACCCAUUCGCACAAACUGGGAAUCCUUUCAGCCAACACUCAACUUCAAGUCAUAUCCCCGAACAGCACACAAUUCAAGGACAUCUAGGAAAUUCAAUGCAGAUUCCUGCUUUUGUCUCUAAACCUUUUGCGAGCCCCAGUGUAGUGCCCUACGGAGCGACCGGAACGCCUGGGCAGCUUGGCGUAUCAAACCCAUCAAACAAACAACAAAAGGAUACGAUUUAUACUCCGAUGGAGUUAUUGUCCGAGAGCGAUUUGGCUGCUUUUCGCGAUCGAACGUUCACCCUCGAGAGUUUGCCAUCAGUUGCUCCACCUAGGGAAUUGUGUGAUUAAAGGCGUGCUUUGAGAAGAAAGCGCUAACAAAAGUAUAGAUAUUCGUUUUCACAACUAGGGCUUGCAAAAUAAGCUAUAUGGCAACACUCCAGGAGCUCUGUGCUUUGGAAUUAGCACUAUUUAUUCUAACAUAUGGUCGUAACUAGUACACUUAAGAAAAUAUGGCUAUCGAGCUAGACUUUGCUUGCCUUUGUGUAUGUAUGUUUGAGUAAGUUAUGUGAUGCUAGUUCGAGAUAAACAGAUCAAAGUGGCCAUGUAAAUUUGUCAUAAAUUUUGCGAUUUUUGGCGGAUCACGAGCGAAAGACAAUCCCCUUAGUGUCACAAAGUAUUUAGGGCGAAUAGCUUCGAUUGUUUUACUAAGUUACAGCUAUCAAUAAACUAUUGUAAUGAAAAUAAUGAGGUUUUCAGUUAUCGAACAGAUUUGUAUCCAUUAUUGCUUCGAUUACUUAC